AAACAUUAAACUGGAUUCCUAGUGGUUCAUUCAUAUCAGGUGGUUCACCUUCUUAUCUGUCAAGCCAAAUUAUUAACCAAAUGCUUAAAGACAAUGUACUCUUUCAACAUGUUGAAUUUCUUAAAAAGACACACAGUGAUCGUCUUUACCGUGGAUUAUGGGCACCUAUUCAAGAACACCUUGUUCCCUUGGGCUGUUCCUCGGAAAUCAGACCCAAAGGGGGCUAUUUUGUCUGGCUUAAACUACCAAUCAAGGGCAGCGAAUUGAUGGAAAUUGCUCAAGAACACAACAUUGAUGUGGGUGUAGGACUUGGUACCUUGUUUUCUGUAUCCAAUCCUGACGACUAUUAUGUCCGUUUAUCUUUUGCUCAUUAUGAUACAGAGACGUUAAAAAUAGGUGUAACUCGAUUAAGACAAGCUCUUUUGAUUGGUAUUCCAACAUAAAACAAAUAAACAGUUUAAAACAUUUGUCGUCAUAUUUCCCAUAUAAACAAACUU